GGGGGCAGGCCUAGCGCGACCAUGGGCUCCAGGUCUCGGUCCAGGGAACGGUGUCGGAGGAGAAGCCGGUCCGGAUCCGAGGAGAGAGCGAAUCGGAGGAGGAGAAGGGAGCGGGAAGGGAGUUCGGAAGAAGACAGCCGGAGAUGGAAGAAAAAGAGAGAGAAAAGUGGGGAGCACUACCGCAGAAGGCACAAGAAACACUCCUCGCGCUCCCGGGACUGUUCCCCGUGUUCAGAUUCUUCUCUAGAAAAACGAGGCCGCAGCAGCGAGAGGAGGGGGAAGCGGAACCGGAAGCGUUCCGAAUCCAGGUCUUCCGUGUCCUCGGUGUCCUCACCUUCACCAUCCCGUUCCCAGAGCUCCAGGGAGGAUGUGGGUGAGCAGCUAAGCCUCCAGGAACGUCUGAAGCUGAAAGACGACAAAAAACAGCAGCGGGAGAUGAUGAAGGCCCUGGAGACCCCGGAGGAGAAGCGGGCCCGUCGCCUGGCCAAGAAGGAGGCCAAGGAACGGAAGAAGCGUGAGAAGAUGGGAUGGGGGGAAGAGUAUAUGGGUUACACCAACACCGACAAUCCAUUUGGAGACAACAACCUGCUGGGUGCUUUCAUCUGGAGCAAGGCUCUGGAAAAAAAGGGGAUUGGUCACUUGGAGGAGAAAGAACUGAAAGACCGUAACAAACGGAUCCAAGAGGAAAACCGCCUGGAGUUGCAGAAGGUGAAGCAGCUGCGCUUGGAGCGGGAGCGGGAGAAGGCCAUGCGGGAGCAGGAGCUGGAGAUGCUGCAGCGGGAGAAAGAGGCGGAGCAUUUCAAGACGUGGGAGGAGCAAGAGGACAACUUCCACUUGCAUCAAGCCAAGCUGCGCUCCAAAAUCCGGAUCCGAGACGGGCGAGCCAAGCCCAUCGACCUCCUAGCAAAGUACAUCAGCGCUGAGGACGAUGACCUAGCUGUGGAGAUGCACGAACCGUACACGUUCCUGAAUGGACUCACAGUCUCGGACAUGGAGGAUCUCCUGGAGGACAUUCAGGUUUACAUGGAGCUGGAGCAAGGGAAAAAUGUGGACUUCUGGAGAGACAUGACCAUCAUCACCGAAGAUGAAAUAGCCAAGCUCCGGAAACUCGAGGCUUCUGGGAAAGGGCCAGGUGAGCGUCGUGAGGGGGUGAAUGCUUCCGUGAGUUCUGACGUGCAGUCCGUCUUCAAGGGGAAGACGUACAACCAACUGCAAGUGAUCUACCAGGGGAUUGAGGGCAAGAUCCUUGCCGGAGGCCCCAACCUUGAUAUUGGCUACUGGGAGAGCUUGCUCCAGCAGCUCAAAGCCUACAUGGCCCGGGCCAGGCUGAGGGAGCGGCACCAGGAUGUUCUACGCCAGAAGUUGUACAAGCUGAAGCAGGAGCAAGGGGUGGAGAGUGAACCCCUUUUCCCCAUCAUCAGGAAGGAGCCUCUGUCCCCAGGUGUCGGCGGCAGCAGCAGGCUGGAGCUGGAGGAGAGUGCUUCGGUGCAGCCUGGUCCCUCUUCUGUGGAGUCUGGGGCUGAGCCGGAGUCCGAGGCCAAAGCCGAGGGAGAUGGAGAGGCCGUGCUGAUGGAGGAGGACCUCAUUCAGCAAAGCCUGGACGACUACGACGCCGGCAAGUACAGCCCCCGGCUGCUGACCUCCCACGAGCUGCCCUUCGACGCCCACGUGGUGGAGGCCGACGAGGACCUGCAGCGCCUGAUGCUCUCCCGACAGCAACUCCAGGUCACAGGUGAUGCCAGCGAAAGCGCUGAAGACAUUUUCUUCCGCCGCGCCAAGGAGGGCAUGGGGGCCGACGAGGCCCAGUUCAGUGUGGAGAUGCCCCUGACCGGCAAGGCCUACCUCUGGGCUGACAAGUACCGCCCCCGCAAGCCCCGUUUCUUCAACCGGGUCCACACAGGCUUCGAGUGGAACAAAUACAACCAGACCCACUACGACUUUGACAACCCGCCGCCCAAGAUCGUGCAGGGCUACAAGUUCAACAUCUUCUACCCGGACCUGAUUGACAAGCGCUCCACGCCCGAGUACUUCUUGGAGGCCUGCCCCGACAACAAGGACUUUGCCACUCUGCGCUUCCACGCCGGGCCGCCUUACGAGGACAUCGCCUUCAAGAUCGUCAACCGCGAGUGGGAGUACUCCCACCGCCACGGCUUUCGGUGCCAGUUCGCCAACGGCAUCUUUCAGCUCUGGUUCCACUUCAAGCGCUACCGUUAUCGGCGGUGAGCGGCGUCAGAGCAUGUGCUGAUUUCACUAUUCAACUGCGUUUGCAGAGUGAAGGUCGGGGAUCAGCGUCUGUGACCUUGGACCAAAAC